UACAAGUCGCAAAGCACCGGGAAAUAGAUAUGUUUUACUUUCACUGUCCCCCACAGUUAGAGGGAGAGUGCUGCCGGACGAACACACUGAAUACAAAUGGGUUUGGGAAUCACCCAUCUGGAGACUUCGAUGACGGUUUUUUGCGCAGAAAGCAACGCAGAAACAGGACAACUUUUACCUUACAACAGCUGGAAGCUUUGGAGGCAGUUUUUGCACAGACCCACUAUCCAGACGUUUUUACAAGAGAAGAGCUGGCUAUGAAAAUCAACCUAACAGAGGCCCGAGUCCAGGUGUGGUUUCAAAACCGGAGGGCAAAAUGGAGAAAAACUGAGAGAGGAACUUCGGACCAGGAGGGAGGCAAAGAGCAAAUCAGUGAAGGCAACCCUCCUGCACGAAACCUCAACCAGUCUCCUGUUGACCACAUCAGAAAUAAGAAAGAACUGAUGGAGAUACAGCAAAAUCAUAUUAACAGAGUAGUUGGUUCAGGUGGACCUUUUUUCCCAUCAUGCCUUCCUGGUACUCUGCUGAACACAGCUACUUAUGCACAAGCCUUGUCACAGGUGGCAACUUUGAAAGGAAGCCCAUUGUGUUCCUGCUGCAUGCCUGACACAAUGGGCCUCUCCUUCCUGCCAUCAUAUGGAUGCCAGAGUAACCGGACAGCUAGUGUUGCAGCCCUGCGCAUGAAGGCUAGAGAACACUCUGAGGCAGUACUGCAGUCAGCCAACCUGCUGGGGCUAGGGUCUACAAGUGGGCCUGAAGCAGGGCCAGGGGUUGGGCUGGGACAAAGCACUGUUGCUGUUGGAGGAGGUGAUUCCAGUCCUAACUCUGGUGCGUCUAAGAUCACAUCACUACAGAGAACUCCAGACAAGCAUCUGCACUGCCAAAAGGAGGGUCCAGAUAAGAAAUGA